AUGAGUCUGGAGAUCGCUAUUGAAGGCGAGGGUGCAGAGGAGGAGGAGGAGGAGGAGGAGGAGGAGGAGGAGGAGGAGGAGGAGGAGGAGGAGGAGGAGGCGGAGGAGGAGGAGGAGGAGGAGGAGGAGGAGGCGGAGGAGGAGGAGGAGGAGGAGGAGGAGGAGGAGGAGGAGGAGGAGGAGGAGGAGGAGGAGGAGGCAGCGGAGGAGGUGGAGGAGGCGGCAGAGGGGAGAGGUGCGGUUGCAGCAACGGGUGGUGAGGAUGGUGGUGUUGGUAGCGGGGUUGGGACAGGGAUGUAG